AUGGCGCUACGGGCGAGCCUGGUGCCCGUGUGCUGCCUGGCACUCCUGGCUCUACUAACACUGCCUACCAGGAGCUGUGGACCUGGCCGGGGACCCGUGGGCAGACGCCGCUACGUGCGAAAGCAACUUAUACCGUUGCUCUACAAGCAGUUUGUGCCCAGCGUGCCAGAGCGAACCCUGGGUGCCAGCGGGCAGCCCGAGGGUAGAGUGGUCCGGGGGUCGGAACGCUUUCGAGACCUGGUGCCCAACUACAAUCCUGACAUCAUCUUCAAGGAUGAGGAGAACAGUGGGGCUGACCGGCUUAUGACCGAGCGCUGUAAGGAACGAGUGAAUGCGUUGGCUAUAGCUGUUAUGAACAUGUGGCCAGGAGUGCGCUUGCGGGUAACCGAAGGCUGGGACGAGGACGGACACCAUGCUCAGGACUCGCUACAUUACGAAGGCCGGGCCUUGGACAUAACCACAUCGGACCGAGAUCGAAAUAAGUACGGGCUACUGGCACGCCUGGCAGUAGAGGCUGGCUUCGACUGGGUACACUACGAAUCCCGCAAUCAUGUCCACGUGUCUGUCAAGGCUGACAACUCUCUGGCCGUGCGGGCAGGUGGCUGCUUCCCAGGAAAUGCCACGGUACGUCUGCGGAGCGGAGAACGGAAGGGACUACGAGAAUUGCAUCAUGGAGACUGGGUGCUAGCUGCAGAUGCAGCCGGCCGGGUGGUACCCACUCCCGUGCUGCUCUUCCUGGACCGAGACUUGCAGCGCCGGGCCUCCUUUGUAGCAGUGGAGACUGAGAGGCCCCCACGCAAACUGCUCCUCACACCCUGGCACCUGGUCUUCGCGGCCCGCGGCCCGGCGCCUGCCCCAGCCGACUUCGAGCCAGUGUUUGCCCGGCGAUUGCGAGCUGGGGACUCGGUACUUGCCCCAGGCGGGGACGCGCUUCGACCUGCGCGAGUGGCCCGUGUGGCCCGGGAGGAGGCUGUGGGUGUGUUCGCACCUCUUACUGCGCACGGGACUCUGCUGGUGAACGACGUCCUGGCCUCCUGCUACGCUGUCCUGGAGAGUCACCAAUGGGCUCAUCGUGCCUUCGCGCCCUUGCGUCUGCUUCAUGCGCUAGGGGCUCUGCUACCUGGUGGGACCACCCAGUCCAUCGGUAUGCACUGGUACUCCCGCCUCCUCUACCGUCUGGCAGAGGAACUCCUGGGCUGA